AGCUCUUCUCUCUAUAAAAUGAACCAACCCGCCUCUCUGAUAAUCCCCACACUCCAAGCAUGGCUUCUCCUUCCUUCACACGCUGCCUUUCACUUGCCAUAGCUUCCUUCUUCAUCCUCACUACUCUCACUGACGCCACCAUCUUAACCCUUGUCAACAACUGCAAGUUCACCAUUUGGCCCGCCAUCCAACCCAACGCCGGCCACCCCGUUCUCUCUCGCGGCGGCUUCGUUCUCCAGUCUCUCACUCACAUCUCCAUCCCCGUACCGGACCGACACUGGUCGGGUCGGGUCUGGGCUAGAACAGGCUGUAGCUAUUCCGGUAACCAGUUCCUCUGCGCCACCGGCGACUGCGGCGGUCGCCUCGAGUGCAACGGCGCUGGCGGCGCAGCUCCCGCUUCUCUGGCUCAGUUCAGCAUCCACCAUGGUGCGAACGACUACUCCUCCUACGGCGUCAGCCUCGUGGACGGCUUCAACGUCCCCAUGACGGUGACCCCGCACGAAGGUAAAGGCGUGUGUCCCGUGGUGGGUUGCCGUGUGGAUCUGCUUGCGACGUGUCCUCCGGUGUUGCAGCACCGUGUGCCGCAGGGUCACGGUCCGGUGGUGGCGUGUAAGAGUGGGUGCGAGGCUUUUAGGACGGACGAGCUGUGCUGCAGGAACCAUUACAACAGCCCACAGAUGUGUAAGCCUUCGACUUACUCUGAGUUCUUCAAGCAUGCGUGUCCUGCGACCUUCACUUAUGCUCAUGACAACCCUUCGCUGAUGCACGAGUGUUCUUCCCCAAGGGAGCUCAAGGUGAUAUUCUGCCAUUAGAGGGUUAGGGAUGUUUGAUAAUGAAUGUAACUUCUUCGGGUGUCCCUACAUCUGGGCUCAUUUGAAUAAGAAAUGUAAGCGGGCUCGUAAUCCUCUAGUUUUUUUUAAUUAAUGGUCAAAUGAACGUAAUCUUUGUCUUUGAUCUGCUGCGUUCCAGUUCCUUGUGGUUUCCGCUGCUGCUGUUGUUUGUUCUGGGUGCUCAGCUGAACACUUGAGUCAGAGAUGUGGCCCCGAAAUUUUGCUUCGGGGGGCGAAAUCUUAAUAAAUUACAUAACUUGA